CUCUGGACUGAAUAGCAAAUGCAAGUCAACUUGUAUGUACAGGUACUUUUGAAGGUCUUUUUUUUCUUUUUUUUCUACUUGGUUGGUUAUUUUUUCUAAUGGUAUGGUGUCUCUCACUCUCUUGUUGUUCUCUCUCGUGUUUAUGUGGUCUCUUCGUUUCUUUUCUACCUGGUUGGUCUCUCCCUCUUUCCCUUUCCUUCAUCUGUCUCUCAUUGUCAUGGUGCUUUCUUCGAGAUCUCUUUUCUGCGUGGUUGGUCUUUUUUUUUUUUUGUUUCUUUCUAUUUGGUUGGUCUCACCCAUGGUUGAUGGUCUCAUUCUGUUUUCUACUUGAUUGGCAUCUCUGUCUCCAUUAGUAUUAUUAUUA